AUGGUUGAAUGGUACACAUUGAAGUCUUCGGUCAGCAUUCGUAUUGUCAAUGAUUUUGACCUUUUCCACGGCUGCCAAAAGUGUCUGGUCGUCGAAAUCCGAUGGUCGACCCCUUCUUGGCUUAUCUUCCAAGUUAGUGUCGCCAGAUUUGAGACGGGCAAACCAUUCACUGCAUCGACUUUCCCGGAUUGUCUUCUCUUUAGAUACUAUCUAUCUAUCUAUCUAUCUAUCUAUCUAUCUUAUCUGUUCAUAUCUAUCUAUCUGUAUAUGAUUACACUCUCUCUUUUCAUCUAUUUUUACUCUCUCUAUUUUCACCUAUUUUCUACUCACUCACUCACUCUCUCUCUCUGUGUAUUUACCUGCAGUUAUAUCUAUCUAUCUAUCUAUUUAUGGACUACACUUUACUGCAUCUAUCUAUCUAUCUAUCUAUCUAUCUAUCUAUCUCAGUGUAUUCACUAUCUAUCUAUCUAUCUAUCUCAGUGUAUUCACUAUCUAUCUAUCUAUCUAUCUAUCUCAGUGUAUUCACUAUCUAUCUAUCUAUCUAUCUAUCUAUCUAUUUACCAGUGUAUUCAUUAUCUAUCUAUCUAUCUAUCUAUCUAUCUCCGUAUAUUCACUAUCUAUCUAUCUAUCUAUCUAUCUAUCUAUCUACCAGUGUAUUCAUUAUAUAUCUCUCUAUCUAUCUAUCUAUCUAUCUAUCUAAGUGUAUUCACUAUCUAUCUAUCUAUCUAUCUAUCUAUCUAUCUAUCUCCGUAUAUUCACUAUCUAUCUAUCUAUCUAUCUAUCUAUCUAUCUAUCUAUCUCAUUCUGUUUAUUAGCUCCUUAAAUUUUUAUUUUUCUUCUGCUUUUUUUUUCAUUUUUUACGCACAAUUCGAUUUUGCAUAUAUUUCUUUCUUUUCGAUUUUUUAUUCUUUUUGUUCUUUUUGUUUUCAUAUUCUUUCGUCUUUCCUUUUUCAUUCUUUUCAUUUCUCCAUUCUUAUUGGUUAUUUCUUUUUUUUUAUUGUUUAUUCAUUCUUUUUGUUCUUUCGUUUUAUUCAUUGUUUUCGUUGUUUCAUUUAUUUCUAUUCUCGUUCUUUUCUUUUUUCAAUUUUCCCCUUCUUUUUACAUUCUUUUUUUGUUUUUUUCUUUCUUUUCCUUUUUUCAUUCUUUACGUUGCUUAUUCAUUUCUAUUCUCGUUCUUUUCUUUUUCAAUUUUUCCGUUCUUUUUUUCACAUUUUUUUUUCUUUCUUUUCGUUUUUUUCUUUCUUUUUGUUUUUUAUUUCCUUUCGUUUUUUAUUUCCUCUCGUUUUUUCAUUCUUUUCGUUUAUUAUUUUUUAUUUUUUUCUAUUUUUCAAUGACAUUUUAUGCACUAAUAAACUAAUAAUAUCUAUCUAUCUAUCUAUCUAUCUUCGUAUAUUCACUAUCUAUCUAUCUAUCUAUCUUCGUAUAUUCACUAUCUAUCUAUCUAUCUAUCUAUCUAUCUAUCUUCGUAUAUUCGCUAUCUAUCUAUUUAUCUAG